AUGUAUGCUGUUAUUUUCUCUGUUGCAAGACAACGUGUACAUGUCCAGCAUGGAAUUACACAGAAUAUCAUUGUACACUAUGAAAGUGGAGCAGCAGCAUCCGUUAUUGCAAAACAACAGCAACCUGAAACACCAAACUCGCCAAGAAUCUCAAGACUUUCAACAUCUCAAGACUUUCUCCUGGCUAAAACAUGUCUACUAAUUGUUUUUACUAGUUUCCUCAGUCAUUUGCCAAACGCUAUCGUACUAGCAAUAUGGAGAAAACGUCUGGAUACAAUAAAUGUGAUAGUGCAUCUUAAAGUUUGGACACAUUCGCUUGUGGCAAUGAACUCGACACUAAACUGCCUCAUUUUCUUUUGGGGAAACAAAACACUUGGUAACGAAGGAUGCAAGGUCCUUAAGCAAUGUUUUGGUAGAAAUCUGUCAGAAGAAGAUACAGUGGCGUAG